CAUCGGGUUGCUGUGCUGGCAUGUGGGUCACGUGACCAGCACAGCCCCUUAAAAGCUCUGCUGAAACUCUGCUCUGAGUUUUCUCUGAGUUUAGUCUGGAGUCUCUUCAGAACUGAUACUGUGGAGUUCUGGGAUGUGGGAUGUUCCUGGGCUUGCAAUCGCAGUGUUUCCAGAGUUCCAGCUUUUUAACACCAAAACCAGAGGUGUGAAGUGGCAGCAGUGGGCUGGAAUGUGGAUUUGUGAGACCCCCGUGGUUUUCUCGGCACUCCAUUUUGAGUGUAGGAUAUGGAAAACGAUAAUAAUACAUUGAAAUAUUUUAAUACUGAAAACCCAGCUCUUGUAAAGAAUGGUCAAACCUGAACAGUCUUACAAACCCCCAAGAUUGAUAUUGCACUGGUCACUUCCACAGGAAAGUCUUCCCAGCUGGACGCAAUCAAGAUCACAAUCAAACAAUAGAUAAACAUUUCUCCAACAUGGACUCUUCUUGGGUAGGAAUCACUGGCAAUGAGGGGAAACCAUGACAUCAUGAUAAUGUUAUAACCUCCAUGUUUACUAAAUGUUGUAAUCAAGAGAUUAAAAUGAGGAGAAUCCACAUAAAAGGAGAUGUGCUCUGCACAGUGCUCCUUUUGGUGCUUCUAUGCAUAGUGUUUUAUGCUCACAAGUCUUUAACACCCAUCUGGGAGACGAUGCGUACUGAGCAUGGCUCUACAAGCUCAAGAGCCCUUUUAGGGGCUCCAUCAAGAGUAAAGUCACUUCCCUCUAAGCCUCCUAAUUUGCCCCUGUGCAAUCCUGGGCCAAGUUUGCCAGCACAAGCCCGACCUAGGUCCCAAAGUAAACCAAAAGUUCAGAAGAAUCCAGUGAAAUCAAAGCAAAAGGAAAAGAACAGGAAAGUCACUACAACAAAAAGCAAAAUCAUGCCAACUCACCCACAAUUUGACUUUGAGGAUUAUAUUCGAAAGAAGGACCAACGUAACUUUAAGAUGCUAAUUGAUCAACCAGACAAGUGUCCUGGGCUCAAAGGUGAACCAUACUUGCUGAUUGCCAUAAAAUCUGUUGCUGCAGACUUUGAGAAGCGGCAGGUAGUGCGACGUACCUGGGGGCGAGAAGGUACGAUCCAGAAUGGAGUGACUGUUAAGACCGUUUUUCUUCUUGGAGUACCUCAAAAUGUUACUGCGCUUCCACUGUGGGACAGGCUUCUGGAAUACGAGAGCCAAACAUUCAGGGACAUCUUGCUAUGGGACUUCAAGGACACGUUCUUCAACCUAACGCUCAAAGAAACCCACUUCCUCCAGUGGGUCAACUCAAGCUGUUCCAAAGUGAAGUUCAUUUUUAAGGGCGAUGCAGAUGUCUAUGUGAACAUUGAGAACAUUUUGGAGAUGCUUGAUGGUAAACCAGUUGGCGAGGACCUUUUUGUCGGAGAUAUCAUCGUCCAUGCAAAACCCAUUCGCAGGCUCAACAGUAAGUACUUUGUGCCUGAACUGAUUUACGGCCAAGGGCUUUACCCCUCGUAUGCGGGUGGUGGAGGCUUUGUUAUGUCAGGUCACACUGCUCUCAGACUGCACAAAGCCUGCAAGGAAGUGGAACUCUUCCCGAUAGAUGACGUCUUUCUGGGAAUGUGUCUGCUCAGGAUCGGCCUUCAGCCGACACGCCACGAGGGCUUCCGUACUUUCGGCAUUGUGCGACCUUCUGCAGCACCCCACCUGCAGGUGUUCGACCCAUGUUUCUAUAGGGAACUUAUGGUGGUGCACAGCCUAACUGUACCCCAGAUUUGGCUCAUGUGGAACCUUCUGCAUGACCCCAGUGUACGCUGCCAUUCUGGUCAAGGUCCUACAUCUCUGCCCUUUAAGUGGAGAAGUAAGAUUUUUACAAGACCUAAAACAGAGGACCCUGGAAAACAAGACUAUGGAAUCCAAGUGUUUGUCAAGCACUGACCGUUUUAGUCUUGAGUUUCUGUGAAAUUUGAGUAAAGAAUGUUUAAAGACUUAAAUUAACAGCAUUGCAAUGUUAGGGUUUAGAUCUGGAAGCCAAAUUCAAUUUAUAUUCCUGGAUUUACAAAUAUGAAUAUACAAAUAUAAAGCAGGUUUUCUUGAGGUUCUUAAGGUUAUAAAAAUCCAGGAUCAGAAACCAAAUUCAGUUUCUUCACCUGAAGAGCUCUGAUAUAGUGCAGAAAAUCACAAAGUGAGACUUGAAAAGAGAGCUUGGAUUGUUAUUAAAGAACAUCUAGGUGAUGAUCUAAGAGAUGGUAAGAAAUGUAUUAUUUUCUUUUUUUUUUUUUUUUGAUGUCAAUGCAUCAUUCUGGUCUACAGUGACACUGCCACAGUUUCUAAAAAUGAACUGCAGAGGCCAAGGACAUCCUGAAUGAAUUUUUAUAAGGACAGUUAAGCCUAUGGGAACUGAGCCCAUUCUGAUUUCUCAAAGACUGUUGGCUUACUAACUGUGAGCACUAAUGACUUUUAGGAAACUGACCAUUCUUAGAACUGAAUUAUUUCACUGAUCAACACUGUGACUACAACAACAAUCAGCCAUAACAUUAAAACCAUAGGUAGGUGAAGCUAAUGACUUUGCUUAUUAGGUUGAAAUGGCAUCUGUCAAGGGGUGGUAUCUGCAUAUUAGGCAACAAAUAAACGGUCAGUUCUAGCAGUAAUAAUGGACAAGCUUAAGUGUAAAAUCAUCUAAGAUGCAUUAACAACAUUGCCAAACCCACUCACUCAAACCCUUUUAGAAGCUGGUUUGAGAUGCAUUUGAGCCACAUUAGACAGCAGACUAAAAGCACCAAAUAAUCAAAAAAGCGAUUUGAGCACCAAGCUAUCAAUAACAAGAUUGAUAGCCACUGUUGGGCCCUUAACCCUCACUGUUCCCUUGGUGCCACACGGGUAAUCAGAUUUUAGUCUGAAUGUGGUUAAAAAAUGUGGUUUAAAUCUUAUCUGGAUACAAUCUAAAUACUAUUCACAUGAAGUAGCCAGGUGUAGACAGGGUCAAUGAUGCUCCACCUCGCAACCUAACAUAGCCUAAAUGGACAUGCUGCCAACAUUGUGGCACCAGAUACUACAGAACACCUUUAGAGGUCUUGUACAGUCAAGGCCUUGAUGGGUUAGAGCUGGUGGUUUUAAUGUUAGGCGGAUUAGUGUACUGUGUAUGUAUGUAUUUUGUAAUGUGUUUGCACAAAUCUGCUGUGUUUCAUAUUGUAAAACGUUUGUUUACUUACGACAGUCUACUGUAGGAUAAUUCCCUCAUGUUUCUAUUCUAUUGAUUGUCUGCAGUCGAAGACUGUCGGAACACUGAAACUGGAGAAGAAUGUAUGUAUGUAUGUAUGUAUUUUAAUUUAACCUUGUGUUGAAAACAAAGAAGGAUAAACGCUCCAUAAUUUCCCCCAUAUUUAUUACA